CUGCGAGUUUCCAGACGAGACCCGAAGAGUGUGACACCGGGUGUAACCAACGAGCUAACGUUAGGCUAGUUAGAUGUAGCUAGCGUCUAGAUUUUGUCGUCGUAUGGAGCCCUAAAAUGCACAUUACACCCGCAGUCGCUUAGCGUUGUCGAUUAAUGUCACUGUGGUCGCCGUAAUUCACAGUCACGCAGCUGUUGUCGUCGACGUCGUCGCCGUGGCUGUUUUCUAGCUGACCCUUGCUGGCCAGCUCGCUAACUAGCUUCCUCGGCUAGCUAGCUUAUGGGUGUCAAAGUUAGCCGUGACUUCACCGGGUGUCUGGUUGCCUGAUCUCACAUUACGGACACGUCAAGGUUGCUCAAAUCUGCAUCUUGAUUUGGGGGCUGUGAUGUCGGAGGUUAAGACCCCCACUCCAACGCCAGCUGGAGACACAUACAAAGGAUGGGUGUUCAAAUGGACAAACUACAUCAAGGGCUAUCAGCGAAGGUGGUUUGUCCUGAGCAACGGAUUAUUGUCAUACUACAGGACCCAGGCAGAGAUGGGUCACACGUGUAGAGGCACAAUCAACUUGGCCACAGCAACUAUUGCCGUUGAUGAUGCCUGCAAUUUUGUGAUCUCUAACGGAGGAGCUCAGACUUACCACCUAAAAGCCAGCUGUGAGGUGGAACGGCAACGCUGGAUCACUGCCCUAGAACUGGCCAAAGCCAAGGCCGCACGCAUGCAGGCCGAGUCAGAUGACUCAGGGGAUGACUUCUCGCCAUCCUCUGCUUCGGUGCCCCCAGGACAAGGAGGCGGGACACAGAACUCCGAAGUCCAGUCCACGCUCAGGACACUAGGCAGCAAAGUGGAGGAUCUUAGCACGUGUAAUGAUCUCAUUUCCAAACAUGGCUCUGCCCUCCAGAGGUCUUUGUCAGAACUGGACAGUUUGCGUCUCACUGGAGAGGCCGGGGAUAAGAUUCGGCAGGUGACAGAGAGGGCCACCCUGUUCCGCAUCACCUCCAAUGCCAUGAUUAAUGCAUGCCGAGACUUCCUUGCACUGGCCCAGGCUCACAGUAAACGAUGGCAGAAGGCCCUGCAGGCAGAGCGAGAGCAGCGGGUUAGACUGGAGGAAACUCUGGAGCAGCUGGCCAAGCAGCACAAUCACCUGGAGCGAGCUUUCAGAGGGGCGGCGCAGGCUAACACUGCUGCAGACAGCAAAGGCUCUGCUGGACCAGGAAAGGGCGAGGCAAGCGAUGAGGAUGACGACAAUGAGUUCUUUGAUGCCAUGGAGGAGGCCCCUGAGUUUAUCACUGUACCUGCAGACCCCCAGUUCCAUAAAAGGUCAAGCAGCAACAUUAGUGGCUUCAACAGUGAAAUGGGUCCUGACGAUCAGUCGCUUAAUGAGGAACCACUUACGAUAAACCAAGAGUCACCAUCUCAGGAGUUGGCACCACUGAAGAAGAGGCGGACCCGUAUCCCAGACAAACCCAAUUAUUCCCUCAAUCUGUGGAGCAUCAUGAAGAACUGCAUUGGCAAAGAGCUGUCCAAGAUCCCUAUGCCUGUGAACUUCAAUGAGCCCAUUUCCAUGCUGCAGCGCCUGUCAGAGGAUCUCGAGUACCACGAACUGCUGGACAAGGCGGCCAAGUGCCAGAAUUCCCUGGAGCAGUUGUGCUAUGUGGCGGCCUUCUCCGUUUCAUCCUACUCAACCACUGUUCAUCGCACGGGCAAGCCCUUCAACCCACUGCUUGGCGAGACAUACGAGUUGGAUCGCCGGAGAGAGAGUGGCUACCGCUCCCUCUGCGAGCAGGUGAGUCACCACCCCCCAGCAGCAGCACAUCAUGUGAUCUCUGAUCGAGGCUGGACCCUUAGGCAGGAAAUCACAGUUGCCAGCAAGUUUCGCGGAAAAUACCUUUCCAUUAUGCCUCUAGGCACAAUCCAUGCUAUUUUUGAGAAAGGCAACAAUCAUUACACAUGGAAGAAAGUUACUACCACCGUGCACAACAUCAUUGUAGGAAAACUAUGGAUUGAUCAGUCAGGAGAAAUCGAUGUAGUGAACCACACAACAGGAGACCGCUGCCAUCUGAAGUUUGUCCCAUACAGCUACUUCUCCAGAGAUGUAGCCAGAAAGGUGACAGGUGUGGUGAUGGACAAGGACGGCAAGGCCCAUUAUGUGCUGUCGGGCACAUGGGAUGAGAAGAUGGAGUUCUCUAGGGUGAUGCAGAGUAGCCGAGGAGGAGAGAACGGCACUGAGGGCAAGCAGAAGACAGUCUACCAAACCCUCAAAGCCCGAGAAGUCUGGAGGAGGAAUCCUCUGCCCGAGGGGGCAGAGACCAUCUACUUCUUCACUGACUUGGCACUCACCCUCAACGAGCCUGAGGAGGGUGUGGCGCCCACUGACAGCCGGCGCAGGCCUGACCAGCGGUUGAUGGAGGAUGGCCGCUGGGAUGAGGCUAACGUAGAGAAACAGAGGCUGGAGGAGAAGCAGCGCAGUGUGCGCCGGGAGAGGGAGCGGGAGGCCGCCAGCCAGCGCACCUCCAGUCAGUCAGAAGAGGCUGUCGAUGAGGACUCUUUUACUGACCCCUCUCUGAAAAGCGCACCCCAUGACAACUACAAGGCACUUUGGUUUGAGCGCUGUGAGGACCGCAUAACAGGUGAACAAGUUCAUAUCUACAAAGGAGGCUAUUGGGAAGCCAAGGAGCGGGGCAGCUGGGAGGCCUGCCCAGACAUAUUCUGACCCUGGCACUGUGAGGAAAGUGCCCCAGACAAACUGGUCCAUUGGAGCUGACCAGCGGACAGCUACUGUAAAAGCCCGCUCCCCCUCCAGGCGAUGGCUGGUCCCCUCCAACGGCUCUGUUCUAAGAGAUUUCGAGGACAGACACUGCAAUCUGACCCAAAGGGAGAACAGGGUUUUCCCUCUGGCCUCAUCCCAUUUUGGUCCCCAACUAAUAGCCCAGAGUUUCAGCACCUACCACUGUCGCUAUCAUGAUGUGAAAGGUCUUGAACAAACACUAGACAGCUGAGGCUUUGUGGUUGUGAGAGCUGGUUGAAACUAGUUGUGUUCUGCUUUGACUCACCUUCAGUUUGUGAGAUGUGAAAGGGGUGAGGAAAAGGGGAAGGAAAUGGAAUGGGCAGCGCUUCCUAAAGUAGGUCGUCCCUUUUGUCCCCCACUUGAUCUCUUUGUGUCACUGUAGUAGAUCAAGAGCAGAAGCGGUUUAAUCGACACAUCUCCGCCACCAUUGUGUGCCGAUAGCACUCUGUGAGAUAACGUAGUGUUCCUAUCUUCAUCCACGGCCUUGUGUGCAUAGGUAAUAAAAUAACUCUAAAAAAAAGGGGUAAAACCUGGUUAAUAUAUAUACAUAUAUAUAGUUGAAAUAAUUAAUGUCAUUCAAAUGUUGAUCGGUGGCCUUCAUGAAGUUGGAGAGGGUUUCUUCUUUAUCUCUCACUGAUUGUGUCUUAACGUAAUGAAGUGACGUAGUGUGUGUGUGUGUGUGUGUGUGUGUGUGUGUGUGAAUGAUUGCAUAUCUGCUCUUCCAUCACUCUGCGAUACUGCUAUCAUGCAGUAUAGUGUAUUAGACAAAAGCUGGACUGAUUGUCCAAAAUUUCAUUUGACCUCCCUCGAAUUCACUUUUUUUGUUUUUUUAUUUUUGUUUUUUUUUCCUUAGCAGGGACUGGUGUACCAUAUAGUCUAUGUUAAGGAAAAUUAUGAUGGUGCAAUUUAUAUUUUUUUAAUGUUGGAUUUUUCUUCAAUAAUACAGCUAGAAGGACUAGACACCCUCUUUGCAGGUUCUUCAUCUUAGAAACAAUGAAUCAAUGAAUAAUGAAUAAUAAUUAAUGAAUAAUGCUCAAAUUUACAGAUGGUUUCUUGUAUGAAAGUGAGAAGGUAAGAGAACGAUUAGGGGGAAAAGGCUACAAAGUGUCACAAUGGCAAAAACGUUGUCCCAGUGCUGAGAAAAUUACCAUCAAAUUAUGGGCUAGUGCAGUGCUAUCUAGUAACAUUUUCACAGUAAAGGCAUAACAUUUAGCCAUUUUGUGUAUAGAGCUAAUGGUCACUAAGUCAUGUGGCAGUCAAAGUUGUUUUCAAAAGAGUGGGUUGAAGUACUUUGUGUGAUUUUGUGUUGUACAGACAAACGGUGUGAAUAACACAAGUGAGCAUAGAAACCAGAGAAUGCAGUGGUGAAAGUAACUAAAAUGUCACAUGCCCCAACAUACACACAUUUGAGUCCUCUGACAAAUUCAUACUUAUGCAAUUAUGUUUUGACACCAAAAAUAUGGGAUGUACUGUGUGAGUGAGUUUCAUAAUUUUGUUUGUAAGUGUACUUAAAAAUGAAGAAUAAAGAAACAAAGAAUUUAAAAACAUUGCAAAUAACAAUGAUUUUAUAAAUGUAUAGAAAAUCGUAUUAUAGUAUUGAUAACUGUCAGGUAGUUUUUUUUUCUUGUAUAAUGAUUCCUCAUAUUAUUGGAAGAGGAUUGUCUUCAUUUUCACAAAAAGGGAUUUCCAAACUUAUUGUAUGAAAGCAGACACAACAUGAUGUUAAGUAUUUUGUCUUAACAGAAGAUUAAAAAAAAUGUAUCUCCUAAACAAAUGCUGUUAUGUCAAACACUUUGCUUUUCAUACUAUCCUUUUAAUUUGAUUUGUUCCAUUUCCAACAUUUUUUCUUUUGUUAUUAAUUGGGUAACACAAUUGAAGGAUGUUUGCCAAAUCAGUUCAGUAGACAUUUCUGUCCUCUUGUUCAGUAGAAGCUGUGCAACAUUGAUGGGGAUGGCUUAUGUUCAUAAUGAAAUAAUAAAAGCAAACAAAAACACA